CCAGCGCGCACAGCUGACUGACAACAACAUUACAGCCAGUCGCUUAGGUAGCAGUAGGCAGGGGGGAGAAGCACGACUACAACCAACUGUUUAAAAACAUUUCUGUCAACAACCAGAAACUACCUUUAAUCAGUUGGUUUGCUGCAUCACUUUUCAAGUAUUUCAUCUUCAGGGUAGUCCGAAAUCGUAGUCGUCGAGCUUGAAAGGUGGGGAGGCUACCAGCGAGAGGCAGCUUUUAGGCUUGGUGGAGAGGGAAACGCUCGCUAUAUCCUCGGACUGAACAUGGCAACGUCCCUCAUCCAAGCCUGCCGCAGUCUAGCGUUCUCAACAUGGCUGCUAUCCUUUUGCUUCGUGCAUUUUCUGUGCCUGGACUUUACGGUGGCGGAGAAAGAAGAAUGGUACACCGCGUUUGUCAACAUUACUUAUGUGGAUCCCGUGACUUCAGAAAUCAAAACAGAGAAGACUGAGUGUGGAAGAUAUGGCGAGCACUCCCCCAAGAAAGAAGCAAGAGGGCAAGUGUUGAUGCCUUUGCUUUUGCAAGAGAGACAAGCUUGCGACCCSAACGYKAAGUAUCCCCUGCCUUAUCAAAACAAUGCUUGGAUGGCGUUGAUAGCUGCAGGGAAUUGUACAUUCAGAGAUAAAAUUCGCAACGUCGCUGCACUCCACAACGCUUCUGCAGUCAUAAUUUAUAACGUGGGCUCCACUAAUGUCAACGAUACCAUAACAAUGCCUCAUCAAGGUACGGGGGAUAUCGUGGCGAUCAUGAUUCCGGAACCCAAGGGUCGGGAGAUCGCCGCUCUACUAGAACGCAACGUCACGGUGACCGUGCACAUCACCAUAGGAACGAGGAACCUUCAGAAGUAUGUGAGCAGAACGUCGGUGGUGUUCGUCUCCAUCYCCUUCAUCGUCCUGAUGAUCAUCUCCCUGGCAUGGCUCAUCUUCUACUACAUACAGCGGUUCAGAUACGCCAACGCUCGCGACCGCAAUCAGAGACGUCUCGGAGACGCAGCCAAGAAGGCCAUCAGUAAGCUCCAAGUACGAACCAUCAGGAAAGGAGACAAGGAAACGGAGUCUGACUUUGACAACUGUGCUGUGUGCAUCGAGGUCUAUAAAGCGAAUGAUGUUGUWAGGAUAUUGCCGUGCAGGCACAUCUUCCAUAAAAGCUGUGUGGACCCCUGGCUUCUGGACCACCGGACCUGUCCCAUGUGUAAAAUGAACAUCCUCAAAGCGCUGGGAAUACCACCCAACUUUGACUGUGGGGAUGACAUUCCGCCAGACUAUGAGAUGUCAGUGGGAGGCCCGCCCACCAACCCCAUCACAGGGGYCMGUGACAUCACGGUGAACGGGGAGGAGAGCUCGGUGGUGCUGGACACRAUGGACAUGAACAGGACGAUAGGGCUGCCUCAGGUCUACCRCGACGCCCACGAGACACUACCACAGGCCGGGGACAGCCGACACAUCGCCAGCAGUGAGCACCAGCCCCCGUGAGCAGCGACUCGGACACCUCCCUUAUCCUGGCUGUGGAGGUGGGUCUGUCCGACAUGGAGCUCUCCCU